AUGUUCGUCGUCUGUGGAAUUGUGUUACUUUCGUUACUGUCUUUCUUCCAGUGCCAUGCAACAAACUUUAUGCCUGGGGAUCGUGAACAGCUCAGCAGCCUGUAUCCUCUGACGAUCAUUCACAUUAACGAUCUUCAUGCUAGGUUCGACGAAACAUCCGAGAGAUCAGCAAAAUGUAAAGCAACUGAGGGCGAACUUUGCAUUGGAGGCGUGGCCCGUAUCUACCACACCGUCCAAGAGCUAAGGAAGCAGUACGAAAAUGCUCUGUUUCUGAACGCGGGUGACAAUUUUCAGGGAACGAUCUGGUACAACUAUCACCGGUGGAAGGUGGUAGCGCAAACAAUGAAACUUCUGCGUCCGGAUGCUAUGACUCUAGGAAAUCACGAGUUCGACGAUGGACUGGAUGGUUUAACGCCGUACCUGCAGUCGCUGGCGGAAGGAAACAUUAAGACGGUGGUGGCCAACUUGAAUCGAUCAAUGGAGAGCGAGUUUCCCACCCUUCCCGGGACGACGAUCAUCAGCAGAUCGAAGCGGAAGAUUGGGAUUAUCGGUGUGAUAUACGAUCAAACGCACCAAAUGUCCAAAACUGGAGCCAUAACGUUUGAAAACUCGGUGGAAACGGUACGCAAGGAGGCUGAAAAGUUGAAACAACAAGGGGUCGAAAUCAUCGCGGUCCUGUCGCACUGUGGACUAGAGGUCGACAAGCAGAUUGCACUUGAGGCCGGUGACCAUGUGGAUGUAAUCGUAGGUGGUCACUCACAUUCUUUCCUGUUUCCGGAGUCCUCCGGCGAGCCGCGGAAUAGGGACGAUAAAAUUCAAGCCGACUAUCCGCUGGUGAUCGCGAACCGUAAUGGACGGAAGAUACUCAUCGUUCAAGCUUACGCGUACGGUAAGUACGUUGGACGUUUGACGACGUACUUCAAUGCCGAUGGCGAGAUAAAGUACUGGGAAGGGUUCCCGGUGUACAUGUCGAACCAGGUGACGCAGAACAAGCUGGCCCUACGUACGCUGAAACCCUAUCGGGAGGCGGUGGCCAAGUUUGGCUCGAUGCGGAUCGCCAACACGACCAUCGAUCUCGUCCAGAGCACUUGCCGGGUGCAGGAAUGCAACUUGGGCAGCCUGGUGGCGGACUCGCUAGCGGACUACUACACCAAUGACUCAUUCCACCCGGUCGCACUGAUAAACGCGGGAGAAAUUCGUGCUCCAAUAGCGAAGGGAGAAAUAACCAACGAGGAGGCAAUCGGUGCGAGCCCAUUUUCCAACACCGUCGAUCUGCUGACACUGCCCGGCGACGCCCUGUGGAACAUUGUCGAGCACUCGCUGGUGCCGGAUGCCGUCAAGCGCACGAACACGGUCCAGGUGGCGGGACUGCGGAUUGCAGCGGACCUCGACCGUGCGCCCUACCGAAGGGUGAUCUCGAUCGAGGCGCGUGAUCUGCACGAUGGGACGACGUACCGGCCGCUGGAUCGAUCGGCUAAUUAUAAAGUGGCGAUGAAAUCGUUCAUUGCCUCCGGUAAGGAUGGAUUUCGUUGGGCACUAGAGCGACUCGAUCGGCACAUUGGACCGCUCGACUCGGACGUGUUCAUUAGCUAUCUGAAGAAAUUGAAAGUGGUGAACGAAGCAAAUUUAAUUGGUGGAAGGUUUAACAUUAUCGGAAAAUUAAAAUCUAAAUAAGGACAGGAACAGUUAACGAUACGCAAAUUUAUUGAAAAAUCCAUCACCUCUGUUUACUUCCCGAAUUUUGCAAUUUUAGUUACGAGAGGUUGUACAAACAAACCGGCUCAUGUUUGCAUUGAGCGUGAGAAGCCAUUCUUCAAAUCAAAUAUUAGAGUGCCUACAAUUAGAGACUGGAAGGAUUGGCUUUGGAAUUUGUUUAAUUUUAUAGAUAUUAUUCGAUAAACAUGGAACUAAACGAAAAAAGAUAGUUAAAAAGACGAUUGAAUUAUGCCAUUGAAAUAAUAAACGUAUUGCUACUGGCUUUGCACUGGGCGGCCAUUUGUCGCGGAGUGCUGACAAUUAUUUCCGCACGUCCCCAACGUACCGUCACGAACCAAUCAUCAUCUCGAUAGUCAUUGAGUAUAAGCAUGAUGCUGCGCGGGGUAUGCUGUCAUUAAGCGCGGUGGAACGGACAUUGAAUUUUUUUUUAUCAUAAAUCUGGCAUCGGCAUAUCGGUGUGGUUUCGCGAUGGAUAGCGGUAAACAUUACCAUGAGAUAAAAAGAAAACAAUUCUUCACGGUAAAUAAGUGUUUGGGCACAGUGGUUUCCAUAAAAGAAGACCUAGCAGUAACCAAUUAUUUUCGUAAAAG